AUGGUGAUCUCCACGAUUUCUUUGGACGUUGAAGGGGUUCUAUUCAAGACGUCGAUGUCAACUUUGACCUCUGUAAAAGGCAGUUAUUUUGAGCAGUUGUUGCAGAAUAAUAACUGGAAAGAAAGACUGGAUACGCAAGGAAAUUUAUUUGUCGAUCGCGAUUCAACAAUUUUUCCUCUCAUAUUGAAUUAUCUUCGAGACGGCAAUAUUCCACUACCGAAAGACGAAUACUACUUGGAAAGGAUUCUACGAGAAGCAAGAUUCUUCAAGAUUCAUGGACUUUCCGAAGACGUAGAAAGAAGAAUCGUCCAAAUGGGUAUGAAAACCAAGAAACCAAAUUCCAAGCACCUGUAA